AUGUCUAUCCUCAAGUUGGUUGAGGACCGACCGACCCCCAAGGCCGUCUACAACUGGAGGGUUUACCUUCUAGCGGCUGUGGCAUCUUGCACAUCAUGCAUGAUCGGCUACGACAGUGCCUUCAUCGGUACCACCUUGGCCCUUGAUUCUUUCAAGUCCGAGUUCCAUUUCUCCUCCAUGUCAACAGCUGCCCAGGGUUUGCUCAGCGCCAAUAUCGUCUCUCUUUACCAGGCCGGUGCCUUCUUCGGUGCCUUCUUUGGUUACCCUCUUGGUCACUUCUGGGGUCGCAAGAUCGCCUUGCUGAUUUCCGCUCUGGUCUUUAUCCUUGGUGCUGGUCUUAUGCUGGGCGCUAAUGGUGACCGUGGACUUGGUUUGAUUUACGCUGGUCGUGUCUUGGCUGGUCUGGGUGUUGGAGCUGGCUCCAAUAUCACUCCUAUUUAUAUCUCUGAAUUGUCUCCCCCGGCUAUCCGUGGUCGUCUCGUCGGUGUGUACGAGCUUGGAUGGCAAGUUGGUGGUCUUGUUGGUUUCUGGAUCAACUAUGGUGUCGAUUCUACUAUGGCCCCUAGCCACAAGCAGUGGAUUAUCCCCUUUGCUGUCCAGUUGAUCCCUGCCGGUCUCUUGCUCUUCGGUGGUGUCUUCCUUCGUGAAUCUCCCCGUUGGCUCUUCUCCAAGGGCCGUCGCGAGGAGGCUAUCCGAAACCUUUGCUGGAUCCGCCAGCUGGAUGAGAAUGAUAUCUACAUGAUUGAGGAGAUUGGCGCCAUUGAUCAGGCUCUUGAAGAGCAGCGCUCGAAAAUUGGUCUUGGCUUCUGGAACCCCUUCAAGGCUGCUUACCACAACAACAAAGUCCUCUACCGCCUGUUCCUCGGAAGCAUGCUGUUCUUCUGGCAGAAUGGAUCCGGAAUCAACGCCAUCAACUACUACUCCCCUACUGUGUUCAAGAGUAUCGGAGUUACUGGUACCAACACUAGUCUCUUUACCACUGGUAUCUUCGGUGUUGUCAAGACUGUUGUCACCUUCGUUUGGUUGCUGUACCUUAUCGACCGUGUCGGUCGUCGCAACCUGCUCCUGAUCGGUGCCUUUGGUGGUUCCGUCUGUCUCUGGAUUGUCGGUGCCUACAUCAAGGUUGCACAGCCAGCGCUUCACCCCAAGACCCACAUGGACAGUGGUGGUAUCGCUGCCAUGUUCUUCUUCUACCUGUGGACCGUCUUCUACACCCCAACCUGGAACGGUACUCCCUGGGUUCUGAACUCGGAAAUGUUCGACCCCAACAUGCGUUCCCUUGCUCAGGCUUGCGCAGCCGCAUCUAACUGGCUUUGGAACUUCCUCAUUUCUCGCUUCACUCCCCAGAUGUUCUCUACCAUGGGCUACGGAGUGUACUUCUUCUUCGCCUCCCUGAUGCUCUGCUCUAUCGUCUUCGUGUACUUCCUCAUCCCCGAAACUAAGGGUCUUCCUCUUGAGAGCAUGGAUCAACUCUUCGAGAUCAAGCCUGUUCACCAUGCUCACAGCCAGAUGCUUGCCAAGCUGCGCGAGGACGAGGAGCGCUUCCGUCACGAUAUCGAAGAGUCUGGUCUUGCUGCUAGCAAGGUUGGUGCCGUGCAAGUUGAGGAUGCCUCUGCUGAGGCUUCUAAGUUUGCUUGA